CCAAGUUUCCUUAUAUACUGCAAACUUCUUAGUUCUUGAACCUUAAUUAACCUCUCUUUCUUCCCUUUAAUUACUACAUUUCUCACACAAGAAAUAUUAUUUUUGAAAGAAAAAAAUGGGUAUAAUUGAUCACAUAUCAGAUAUGUUUGAGGUUACAAGUACAAGAAAAAGCAAACGCAAACCAAUGCAGACAGUUGAAAUAAAGGUGAAAAUGGAUUGUGAUGGUUGUGAAAGGAAGGUUACUAAUGCAGUUUCCUCUAUAAAAGGGGUGAAAUCAGUGGAUGUAAGCAGAAAACAAAGCCGAGUAACAGUGAGUGGUAAUGUUGAACCAAACAAGGUGUUAAAGAAAGUGCAGAACACAGGAAAGAAAGCAGAAUUUUGGCCAUACGUAGAAUACAAUUUGGUAUCAUACCCAUAUGCACCAGGAGUAUAUGACAAGAAAGCACCCUCUGGCUAUGUGAGGGAUGUACCUCAAGCUUUUCAAAUAGUACCAAAUACACCUACUCACACACUUACCUCCAUGUUUAGUGAUGAAAAUCCUAAUGCUUGUUCUAUCAUGUGAGAGGAGAGUAAUGCGUUAGAAUUUUGUAUAUGUUACUAUUAGCGUGCUGGUUUUAAAAUUGUGGUCUUAGACUAGUAUAUUUUAAAAAGAAUAUUGUUUAGAUUUGAGUUGUA